AGGACAUAAUCUUACACACGAGUGGUUUUCAUAGGUCAUUGAUGCUGCAAACGAGGUAGUUGAUAGCAUAGACAGAGAUGAGUUGGCCAAAUAUUUUGCACUGAAAAAUGAUCCUGAAGAUGAAGACGUUGAGAAACUUAAGAAGAAGAUGGAGGUUACCCGGGAUCAAUUGGCAGAGGCACUAUACCAAAAUGGGCUUGCGUUGGCAGAAUUGGAGUCUUUAAAGACCAAGGUUGAGAAUGCUUCGACACUUGCUCCAAAAGACGCAAUAGAUGCUGGGAAAUCUGAGGAUUCUUUUGAAGAGAAUUUCAAAGAACUGAAGAAAUGGGUAGAUGUCAAGACCUCUAAGUUCGGAACUCUUGCAGUGUUGCGCGAAAAACGCCGUGGAAGGCUAGGUGCAGCUCUGAAGGUAGUUAAUGAUGUUAUUGAAAACGACGGAGAUACUCCGAAGAAGAAACUCUACGAACUGAAGCUGUCUUUGCUGGAGGAGAUUGGUUGGUCUCAUUUGGUAUCAUAUGAAAAGCAAUGGAUGCAUGUACGCUUUCCCACAACCCUGCCUCUAUUUUAAAAGUUUUCAUCACCCAAAUAAAUUUAUGGUAUUUGAUACCUCUUUUCUUCUAUUGCUCUGCUGCUUGGGAUGGGAAACUCUACAAUAAGAAUAAACUUUCUCAGGGCUUUUUUUUUUUUUUAACAAGUUUAUGGUGGGGCCCCUUCUGUGAACAACAAAUGGCAUAAAUAUCCAUUUUGAAUAUUCUUCAUAAAAUGGCAUAAAUGUUAUAUAAGAUGUGUAUCAUAAAUACCAUCAUGUAAUCAAAUUGGAUAUUAAAUUUGGCA